AUGGAGUUGCAAGGUACAAUGUUUGCACAAGCUAUCACAAAUGAAGCUUGUGAAGCGAAAAUCCGAGUGGAUACAAGUAUGUGUACAAAUCCGCCCAAUGAACAUCGGCCACCUGUUCAACUUCAAACACAUCCUAAUAUUGAUAAGAAAACUUUCAUGUCCACUGGUUGGAUUCAAAUCAAACCAGGAGGUAAACCAUUUCCAAAUGGUCAAGAAGUUGGUAUAUUAAGAUGGAGAUUUCAAACUUCCGAUGAAGCUGCUCUUCCUAUAACUGUUAAUUGUUGGCCAAAUGAAAUACCCGGUGGCUUUGAAGUAAAUGUUGAAUAUGAACUGCAAGAUUCUGUAUUAGAACUGGAGAAUUUAGUUAUGUCAAUCCCAUUGCCUCCUUCAGCUAAACCUCCGUUAAUUGGUAAUUGUGAUGGGGAAUAUGAAUUGAGUCCACGUAAAACUCAGUUAGACUGGCGUAUACCCAUAGUUAACAGUGAUAAUUCAUCUGGUUCCCUCGAGUUCACAUUAAAAACAGAACGUGGUGCACAAGCAGAACAAUUUUUCCCGUUGAAAUUAAACUUUGGAUCAAAUAAAUCAUACUGUGGAAUUCAGAUAAUUGAAGCUACUGUAAGCAAUCAGGACACCCGAUCAACUUUUCAUAUGAAUCCAAUUUUCAUGCGGAAAAAUACGAAAUUAGUUAAAUUGAUAAUUUCAUCAUCGUCUUCUUCUUCGGUCUAUUCGAUGUUAUGUGUGUGUGUGUAUCGAUUGACUUUGUUAUUCAAUUUGCCUGAUCAUCUGUGA